CAAGCCUUACCUGUUGUUGGAUCUAGCUUGGAGGCUACGUUUUGGAGCGUUCGGAGGAAUCUGUGCAUUCAGCUCAUUUGUUGAGACUUAUCUCGUUUUGUUUACAACCCACGUGCAAAGUUUCGGUUCAAAUUUCCAUGCAUUUUAGGAGCAAUGAUUAUAAAAUAUCGAAAAUCGAACCUGCGGAGGAUAAACUCUUGUGAGAUUGAAGAGUCUGAUAAAUAUAAUUUGCGUGGACUGUCUGCUACGAAUGUCAUCGUCUGCUACGCAUUUUCGUUCUCUCAAUCAGCCCGAGUGUUAAUGGAUUAUUUUUUUCCUGGAGAAAUGUGUAGUUAUGAAUACAGGUGAACGCCGUGCUUGGAGAAAACUAGUAAAAAAAGAACGCAGAAGACGUCUUCGGCGGAAAGCCGCUCAAGAUCGCGACGCCGACGCCGAGCGGCUAAAAGCAACAGUUGAAAGAGCCGCGGAAUAUUCAACGUGGGUUCAAAAAAAUAGAGAAGAGGAAAUUAUUCAGGAACAAGAGCGAAUUCAAAAAGAACAGGAGUGGCUGCAGGAGGAGUUGCGAGCUCAAGAGGAAUGGCGAUCUCUUCAAGAACGCAGAGAAAAGGCACGACAGGAAAAACUCGAACAGGAAGAAAUGAUUCGAAAGGAGUACGAGGCGAAACAGGAGGCUCUUCGGAAAAAGCAGGCGGAAGAAAAGCAACGAAUGGAAGAAGAAAUGAAGAGGCAGCAACAAAUGCAAAAAGUCAUCGACGAUUAUAUCGACGAGGGCGCAAAAACUCCACCAGUUUUGCGAAGGAUCGUGGAAACUCAGCCUGGAAAGGACAUUUGUCAGUUUUUUGCAAAAACCGGGGCCUGCAGAUACGGUGAUGUGUGCUCGCGAAAUCACCAAAAGACGAGUCUGAGCCGGGUGAUUCUGAUGCCCGGAUUCUACUCGCACUACUCCCUGGAAAAGAACUCGCACGACACGGACGCCAGUCUCGAGUACGACAAUUCGGAGGUGCGACAGCACUUUGAGGAAUUCUACAAUGACGUCGUACCCGAGCUCGAGAGCUUCGGAAAAAUCAAAACUUUGAAGUAUUGCAGCAAUACCGAACUUCAUCUACGUGGAAAUCUCUACGUCGAGUAUUAUUCUGAAAGAGAUGCAGCCAGGGCGGUCAGGAAAUUGAAGGGUCGAUGGUUCGCGCGACGCCAAAUCAACUGCGAAUUUACUGGCAUAAAAUCCUGGCGAACUGCCAUUUGCGGUAUGUCGAGGUGUCCGAAAGGAAGAUCUUGCAAUUUUCUGCAUGUCUUUAGGAAUCCAGGUAAUGAAUAUGAUGUUAAGAGCCCGCCAAGGUGGGUCAAAAGACUCGAAUCUCAAGAUUCUGCGCGGAAGGAAAGCAGAAGUCGAAGAAGCGAGAGCAGACUGAAAUCGAAUUGGGAUGAUUCGACAAGAGAAGAUGUGGACGGCAACAGCAGGAACUGGAGAUGGGACUCGCCGGAGUCGGAAUCCGAUGACCGGCGGGGCGAGAGUACACGUCGAAGGUACUCGGACGAUCGUCACAAAAGUUCGAGACUCAGUAACACGACUUCAUCGCGCCGAUUUCGAAAUCACGAGGAGAGAAGCUGUCGAGACUUGCUGGAUUUAUCUGAUGAAGAGUACCACCAAUCGAGUCGUCGAAAUUCGAGCGGCCGGUUCAGACGACACAAGCAUGAAACUCGAAAUGGAGAUGUGUCGCGGCGCCGAAGAAGGAGAGAGAGCGAAAAGUCGGAAUAUGGCAGAUAUUCCGGUAGGAGUAAAUACUCGAGUUAUUCUAGAAGUGAUAGGCACGGCAGACACAAAAAUAAGAGUGACGAGAGAGACAAGGCGGAAGGAGUGCUGGCAAUUGGAGAGAGAGACUUGAAGUUGCGAGCAAGUGAUGCAGAAGAAGAAAGUUGCAAGAUAUCGAAGCCUAUAAUUGAACUGAAUGUGAAGUCAAAGUGGGAUGAGGAUACUUCUAAUCCUAAAGCAGAGUCGGAUUCAUCUUCUAGUGCCUCUAGUUCGCCUUCUUCUAGUUCUUCGUCCGCUUCUUCGUCUUCUUCGUCUCCUUCUCCUCCGUCUGGUUCGAGCAAGGGCGACCUUGAGUUGAAGGUGGUGAAGCGCGAACUAGAAGCUGAGCGAGCAGUCGAUCCGGAACCAAAGCGGCACAAAGUUCCGGAAUAUUAUGACUGGGAUACGACGGAUUCAGAACAAUAAGGGUUGAAAGUAGUUUGAAAUUAAUAGUCUUGGGUUUGUCUUCAAGAGGCGGAAGAGAUUUGAGCAUCGUCUUUGAGGCAGCCUCUUGAAGACGAAAUCCGAGAGGAAAUAUUUGUACACGCGCAUGGAAUGUAUUUUUGUAAAGCUCUCUGUUUUCUUCAAGUUGACUCGAGCGAUCUAUCUUUAAGUUGUACAGUUUAAAUAAAAAUAGACUCAAGAGAUGAUUAUUAUUAAUAAAAGGAUCAUUAUUGAUGAAAAAACA